GAUUUGUCAGAGCGGAGUCGGGUUCCGUGGCUUCCUGUUCGCCAGCAGUUAGAGGACGUUGGUGUCACGGCGGAGCUGUUGCUUCUUUCUUUUCCUCCCAGCGUAGCCAAGCGAAGACAAAGGAAACCCUAGCGCAAUGUUUUCCCGCGCCGUCAGACCUACGAGCAGCCUCGCCAGGAGCCUGUCCAGGAGCUUGUCGAGCUCGUCGCCGAAUCACGCCAAAGUGGCGGUGCUGGGGGCGUCCGGCGGGAUAGGCCAACCGCUGUCUUUGCUGCUCAAGAACAGCCCCUUGGUGAGCCAGCUCUCCCUCUACGAUAUCGCUCACACCCCCGGGGUGGCCGCAGACCUGAGCCACAUCGAGACGCGAGCCCAGGUCAAAGGCUACAUGGGUCCCGAGCAGCUGGAUGCCGCGCUCCAAGGUUGCGAAGUGGUGGUGAUUCCCGCCGGUGUGCCCAGGAAGCCCGGCAUGACUCGCGACGACCUCUUCAACACCAACGCCACCAUCGUGGCCACCUUGGUGGACGCCUGCGCUCGCAACUGCCCCGGCGCCACCAUUUGCGUCAUUGCCAACCCCGUCAACUCCACCAUUCCUAUUACGGCGGAGGUCAUGAAGAAGCACGGAGUGUUCAACCCCAACCGAGUGUUUGGCGUCACCACCUUGGACAUCGUCAGAGCCAAUACCUUUGUGGCCGAGCUGAAAGGUCUCGACCCGGCCCGCGUCAACGUGCCCGUGGUCGGGGGUCACGCCGGCAAGACCAUUAUUCCCCUCGUUUCUCAGUGCACUCCCAAAGUGGAGUUCCCCGCCGAGCAGUUGUCUGCCCUGACCGCCAGGAUCCAGGACGCCGGCACGGAGGUGGUGAAGGCCAAGGCCGGAGCCGGCUCUGCUACCCUCUCCAUGGCCUACGCCGGCGCCCGCUUCACCUUUUCCGUCUUGGAUGCCAUGAAUGGCAAGGAGGGCGUGGUGGAAUGCGCCUUUGUCAGGUCCGAGGAGACGGAGUGCAAGUACUUCUCCACGCCGCUCCUCCUGGGCAAGAACGGCAUUGAGAAGAACCUCGGGCUGGGCAAGCUGUCCGCCUUUGAGGAGAAGCUGGUGGGCGACGCCGUCGAUGAGCUGAAGGGCUCCAUCAAGAAGGGCGAGGAGUUUGCGGCCAAGAUGAAAUGAAGGGGAACGAACAUUCAGGUCGCUGCAACUUGCCACUGUGGUUGACGUUUGCCGUCUUACAUGAAAUAAAGGCUCUUCUUGGGCAAAGCCCCGUUGCUUUUCUUUUAGCCAAAGGAUGGUCUCCAUUUUCUCAAUGGGAUUCUCCUUUGCAGAUGUGAACCAGCUACCAAGUCUGCACUGCUCUCAUGUCCUAUUUUGCAAAUUUCACAUAGUUUCAGAAAACCAUAUGUCGGGGAAUUGAGGAAAUAAUGCUGGCAAUUUCAUGCUCAUAAAUGUCAUUGAGUCCAAAAAAACACUGGUGAUGACCAUCAAUAAACAAUCGGUACAAUGUA